UCUCGUAGCAGCUGCGAGGAGGAGCCUAAUGAAUGUCCCGCUCCAUUAUGAGAGCACAUUCACCAACAUAAAACAGUUCAGAAGAAGGUUUUGCCAAGACAAAAGGGGACAGAAUCCAUUAAUAAACCAGAAGACAUUUAGAAUUGCUUAAAUUUUGUGGCUGUUUGGGUCUUAAGGAAAAUGAACCGUUACACAAUCAUCAAGCAACUCGGUGAUGGCACCUACGGCAGUGUGUUGAUGGGGAAGAGCGUGGAGUCAGGAGAACUUGUGGCUAUCAAAAGAAUGAAAAGGAAAUUCUACUCAUGGGAUGAAUGUAUGAAUUUGAGAGAAGUCAAGUCUCUGAAAAAGCUGAAUCACGCCAAUGUAAUCAAAUUGAAGGAAGUCAUACGAGAAAAUGACCAUCUUUACUUUGUGUUUGAAUACAUGAAGGAAAAUCUCUAUCAGUUAAUGAAGGACAGAAACAAGUUGUUCCCUGAGUCAGUCAUCAGAAACAUGAUGUAUCAGAUAUUACAAGGGCUAGCUUUUAUCCAUAAGCACGGAUUUUUUCACAGAGAUAUGAAGCCAGAAAAUCUUCUGUGUAUUGGACCAGAGCUUGUGAAAAUAGCAGAUUUUGGGUUGGCGAGAGAGCUGAGGUCACAGCCACCUUACACAGACUAUGUGUCUACCAGGUGGUACCGUGCUCCUGAAGUUUUGCUGAGGUCAUCUAUUUAUAGCUCACCUAUUGACAUGUGGGCAGUUGGCAGCAUAAUGGCUGAAUUGUACACCCUGAGACCUCUUUUCCCAGGCACAAGUGAAGUAGAUGAGAUCUUCAAAAUUUGCCAAGUUUUAGGGACUCCAAAGAAGAGUGACUGGCCAGAAGGAUACCACCUUGCUUCAGCCAUGAAUUUCCGUUUCCCACAGUGCGUCCCUAUAAGCCUGAAAACUCUCAUCCCAAACGCAAGCAAUGAAGCAAUACAGCUUAUGAGUGAUACACUCAACUGGAAUCCAAAGAAGAGACCUACAGCAAGUCAGGCUUUGAAGUACCCUUAUUUUCAAGUUGGUCAAGUUUUAGGACCACCUCCACAGUAUCUGGAGAAGCAGACUCCUUUUAAACCAGUUCAGCCAACAGAGCCAAAGCCAUCUUUACCUAAACUGGAACCUAUAUCCAAGCCAGAACCUCUGUCUUCACCUGAUACAUCAGACAAAACACAGCCACAGCCCUUGUCAAAGGUUAACCACCAGCCUCUUCAGCAAAUUCAGCUGCCUCAGAAUACAGCUAACCAGCAAGUACCAAAGCAGCAGCAGCAGCCACAACCAUUUUUUCCAACUAUUGUUAAAAACUCAUCACCAAAACAAGCAGCCAGUGGCCCUCAGAAUGGUGCAGUACGUCCUAAAAGCUGCAGAAGACGAUGGGGUCAGACUUUGGUAAAGGCUAUGGAUAGCUGGGAUGACUGGGAUGACCCUGAAUUUGGAAUGUCAUGUUCAAAGAAGCCUAGCAUUGCACUGUUGAAAGAAAAGAAAACCAAGGAAUUUCCUUUUGGUUUGCCAGAACCAAAAGCUUCAUGCUGUAUCCAGCCAGGAGGGGAAAACAAGGUUCUGAUGAGAAAUGAUUCUGGAAGAUCAAAUACAUCAGCAAAACAGUACUAUCUAAGACAAUCAAGAUAUCUACCUGGUGUAAACCCAAAGAGUGUCUCUUUAGCAGCAGUCAAAGAAGGCUCCCAUGGAACCUGGAAUAACCAGUUGUUCUCUAAACCGCUGGCACAUGCUGGAGGAGGAGUGAAUUUGAACAGAAAUACCACAGAUGAGAACUUAAUUAUACCUAUUGAAAAGCUAUCAUGCAGAGAAAAGUUGAAUGAAAAAUUAGAGGAUCCAAAAGGAAAUCCUGGCUUUGUGAGUGGUGCUGCUUACAACCCAUCAGGAGCAUACAUCCCUUCCUUUCACAAAAAAGAAGUUGGAUCAGCAGGGCAGCGGAUACAGCUAGCUCCUCUUGGUGCACCUGUAUCAGAUUAUUCCUGGAAAGCCAAAGCUGCUCGUGCUCAGUUACCAGGCCCCGCUGUGAAUUCAGGAGCAAGAAAUACGUCCCUCUCCAGCCGCCCGCCAGCCAUUCCGCCAGUGCAUGGAAGAACAGACUGGCUGGCCAAAUACGGAGGAAACAGAUGAAAAACACCAUCCUGGAAAGAUGUCCUGUGAGCUGGGUUCAGUUCUCCAGCACUGGAAACCCUGAAAUGCCUAUUUGCUCUCACUUUUCCUAAGACUAUGCAGUAGUAACUCAGAAAAAAAAGACCUUGUGUUCUAUCACCUGUAUAAUACCACCUCAAAUAUUGGCUGUAAAGUAGACUUUAUUAAGUAUUGUGUAAGAAAUAUUGCCAAAACUCCUGAGAAGUAGAUUUCACUUGGUGUGUUUCUAUAGAUGGGUCUCCUUUCCUCAGACUCUUAAAACAGCUGUUACAGUUGUUCACCCAGUGCAGCGUCCCCUGUUGGCAUAC